GGGAGCCGCGCGCGGGUGUCAUGGCGGCCGGGGACGCGGGGAUGCCCUGGCAGUGAGCGGGGCUGCCGGGCAUGGAGAAGCCGCCGGGAAGAGCCGAGAGCGACGGCAGCUCCUGCUCCUCGUCCUUCUCCGAUGACCUUGAGCCUGAAUGGCUGGACAGUGUGCAGAAAAAUGGGGAGCUGUUUUAUUUAGAGCUAAGUGAAGAUGAAGAAGAAGCUCUGAUUCAGGACAGAUCUGAGGCACAUGCAGUGAACCAUGUCAGGUUUCGUGAAAACGAAGCUGAGAUUAUUCAAGAGGGAUCACGAAAAGAAAGAAAGUAUGAACCUAGACUGAAGAAAUUUACCAAAAUUUUAAAAAAGAAAAGCCUUUUGCCAAAGCCUUCUGGUAAGAAAGGGAAUACUGGAUGUAAUGGGCAUUCAUCUGGACCAACAUCUAUACUGAAACACCAGUCCACUCAGAAGAUGGGAGUCACGGUCCAGCAAAAAUACAAAGAUGUGUGUGUUUAUGUGAAUCCAAAAAGACUGUCUUAUACCAGUGGGGGAAGAGAGCACCUCAGGCUUCUGGAGACAUUAGUAGGUAUUGUUCAUCAGUCCUCAUGGAGUACUCGAAGAGCUGAAAAACAAGGACAGGACAAAAGCAUCAAGGGGAUCAGUGAAGAGAAGUUAGUAGUACAUGGCUUGGUUCCGGGCAGUUCAGCAAUGAAAACUGGUCAAAUCUUGAUUGGAGAUGCCCUUAUUGCUGUAAAUGACGUUGAUGUGAAUUCUGAAAAUAUAGAAAGAGUUUUGUCUUGCAUUCCAGAUCCUAUGCAGGUGAAACUUACAUUUGAAACCUCAGUUUUUGAGCCAGAAGGAACAUCUCAACAAAAGUAUAAACAAGCACAAUCAUCUAUGAACAAUCUGGUGAAGCUUCUGUGGGGAGAAGAUAACACAGAUCUCCAACUGGCUAUCCAAGGCGUGCCUCAUAUUGUUAUGUACCUCACGCUCAAACUGGACUCUGAAACAUCUAAAGACGAGCAAGAAAUUCUUUACCAAUACCCCAUAUCGGAAGCAUCCCAAAAACUGAAAAGCGUAAGAGGAAUAUUUCUCACACUCUGCGACAUACUGGAAAACGUAACUGGUGCCCACAUUAUCAGUUCAUCACUUUUUUUAUCUGGUAAGGUGGUUCAGGUGGUUUACUGGAAAGAAUCUGACAAGUUGCUUGUAGUUGGCCUCCCUGCAGAAAGUGUGCCUCUUUCUCAACUAAGAAACAUGAUUGUGGAUGUUGUCAGAACCUUAAAAUUUAUGUAUCAUUCAUUGGACAGUGCUUUUUGCCAGGUGGAAAAUGUUUCUCGCCUGGAUCAUUUUUUCAACCUGUUCUUCCAGCGAGCAAUUCAGCCUGUCAGACUCAACUCAAACACCAGCCCCAGUGCUCACCAUUAUGAUACCUACAGUGCAUUACUUUUAGACAGCCUUCCCGGGGUAUGCUGGCUGACAUUGCCUCAAGAAGUCAAGAUGGAAAUUGAUACAGCACUGAGUGAUUUGGAGGCAGCUGAUUUUGCAGAGCUGUCUGAAGAUUACUUUGACAUGAGACGGUUAUACAUGAUUCUGGGCUCUUGUCUCUUCUACAAGGGUUAUUUGAUUGCUAAUCACUUGCCAAAGGAGGACCUUAUUGAUAUAGCUUUAUAUGGUCGACACUAUUGUCUGUUACCCUUGGCAGCAGAACAAAGGAUUGGUCAGCUAGUGAUAUGGCGAGAAGUAUUUCCUCAUCACCAUAUGCAACAGUGUGAAGCUUCAAGUGCUACAGGAUACAGGGAGCCUGAAGCAAGAUAUUUUUUACUAAUAGUUGGUUUGAGACACUUUAUGCUGUGUGUUUUGCUGGAGGCAGGAGGUUGCACUUCGAAAGCUAUUGGAAAUCCAGGACCAGAUUGUAUAUAUGUGGACCAAGUCAAAGCAACGAUACUCCAGUUGGAAGGAAUUGAUUCCAACAUAGAGGAAAGAUUAGACUCUCCCUCCGUUCCACUUUUGUCUUGUGCUGACUGGUUCCUUCCUGCAUCACGUGACAGACUGGACAGUUUUUCGAACCCACCCAUCCUCAGUAAACUGCAAAAUACUUCCAAAACAGCAACUUCUCCAACAAGCAUGAGGACACUCUUUGGUGACUACUCCUUAAGGACACGUAAACUGAGUCCCUCGAGAAUCGGUGGAGCUUCUGACAGUGGUUGUGAAGAACCUGAAGAAAGCGGAGGCCUUAAUCCACAUGCAACACAAGAUCAGGUUACUAAAAAGAAGCAUACCCUUCCAAAUCCUUUUAAUUUAGGGAACCUGAAAAAGAACCUUUCAGAGAAAAAUACAGAACUGUAUAACGCUGUCAAGUUGACUUCUGGUCCUGAGAACACCCUCUUCCACUAUCUUUCUUUAGAAACAAUGCAAGGAAUCUUUAUUACACCAACACACAAAGAAGUAGCACAUCUCAGUGGCUCCCUCCACCCUCAGCUCAUCAAGAACUUUCAUCGUUGCUGUCUUUCCAUUCGCUCCAUUUUCCAGCAGACCAUCAUGAAAGAAAAAAAGAAGAGGGAAGGCAUUGGAAGCAGCUCACUGCCCAGCAAGGCAAAUUCUGACUUAGAUUUAGUGAGAGAACAUGGCAUUUUGUUUGAAUGUUCCCCUGAUAACUGGACGGACCAAAAGAAACCACCACCAACUAUGACUUACUGGGUUGUAGGGAGACUCUUCCUACAUCCAAAACCUCAGGAGUUUUAUGUCUGUUUUCAUGACUCAGUCACAGAGGUUGCUGUUGAACUGGCGUUUAAGCUGUCCUUUGGCUUAGCUAUAUAGAUGUAUUUCCUGACCCUGCAGCAGUCCUGAGCUGUGCUGAAAUCUCUCUAAAGUACUUUAAUCUAAACAGAAAUGAAUUAAGUCAUGAUGCCCUUCUGUGAGUACUUUGAAGUUCUUUAAAAAAAAGAAAAGAAAAGAAAAAGAACUGGCUCUCUGUUAAACAAAGAAGUAACAUUUCAGUGCUGAUGUAUAACAUCAACUGCAUAUGGAAAGAGGUUUUCCUGAGCACGAAAAACCAUCUUUUUUAUAUACAAUCAAAUGAAUCAUGAUGAAUAAAGAUUGCAGUUUUACUGCAUAGAAACAUUAGCAUGUUGUGUACAUUACAGUAAUGUCCAAUAUGAAAUAUAAGGUAAAAGAUAUUACACUUGAUAUGCUGUCUCAGUAUUUGGCAAUCAGUGAUGGAAAAAGAAACUUCCUCAGUAAUUAAGCUCAUGCAGCUUUGAAGGCAUGAAAAUCCUGGACAUUUCAGUACUUCUCUUAAUAAAAUGAAGGGAAAAUCUACAACCAAGUGGCAUUGAGAUGUGCAAAAUUAGCAGGUUAUCUGCAUUCUGCUCUUCCACAAUCAAGAGCUGUUGUGCUGUUAAUAUGUUAGUAGAUUUCAUGAAUGGUACCAUUAAAACAGUACAACAUUGCCAUAAAACAGACUGGAUCUUUAUGAAGUGAUAGAAAAUAAGAAUGUGUAUGUAAAAAGACAUUAGUUGAUAGUUUUGUUUCUCAAAACUAUGCAUGAACCUAAUUAUUUUUAUAUUAUUUUGAUGGUUUUUAAUAAAGAAAUAUGUAUAUUUAU